CACAUCCUCCCUAUCCUGCCCAGCAGUACAAUAUCUUUCAAAUGCUCUUCGGGGGCGGAAAGCCUCCACUGAAAGUUGCAGGUUGCAGAUAUCAGUAAGAACAAUGGUCAAGGAUAAGCCGGGCGUCCAGCAGUUGUGCGAAACAGGGACUUCAUCAUAAUUGCUGUUAAUAAUUACAGUUGUGAUAAGCACCAGAGGUGGCAUUUAUUGAUGGCAAAACUGUCUGAGGUCCCAGUUGAUCCACAGCAGCUGGAGGAGUUGGAAGAGAGACUGGACACUUUGGAUUUGGGACAGAUUAGAACACUGUCAGAGCAACAUAGGGAGGAAGCAGCGGUCCUCCAAGCAGCAGAGGCAAAAUGAUGCGACCGGGAGCUAAACAAUAUGUGGUGGCCAGGCCCCUGUACUCGGAGGACACCUUCGCCGAGAAGCAUGAGAAGGUCUACAGGCAUCGCAAGACCAUGCUGAACCACAUCCAGCAGUACUUCACAUGUGACGCCAAGCGAGCCAAGAACACAGCUCUCUCUCUUCUGCCAGUCAUUGGCUGGAUGAAAAUCUAUCGAAUCAAAGAGUGGCUGGUCAGUGACAUCGUGUCUGGUGUCAGCACUGGACUGGUCGCUGUCCUGCAAGGUCUAGCCUAUUGUCUGCUGGCCUCUCUGCCUCCCUGGUAUGGACUCUUCUCUGCCUUCUUCCCUGUCGUCAUCUACUUCUUCCUGGGCACCUCCAGGCACAUCUCAGUGGGUCCGUUCCCGGUCCUGUGUCUGAUGAUCGGCUCGGUGGUCACCAGGCUGGUCCCAGACGAGGGUCCCCCCGCCAACAUCACAGGAUUUGAAGGGCUGACGAGAGACGAGCAGAGAGUGCUGGUGGCUUCAUCUGUAACGUUCCUCGCUGGCAUCAUGCAGCUGGCGAUGGGUGUCCUGCAGGUGGGCUUUGUUGUCAUGUACCUGUCAGACACUCUGGUGUCCGGUUUCACCACAGCAGCUGCUGUCCACAUCCUGGUGUCCCAGCUCAAGUUUGUGUUGGGACUGACUGUUCCAGGCAUCAGCGGUCCACUCUCUAUCAUAUACACCCUGGAGAUCAUCUUUGGCAAGAUCACCUCCACCAACGUCUGUGAUGUGGUCAUCUCCUUGGUCAUCAUGGUGGUGGUGUUCAUUGUAAAGGAGCUAAAUGACAGAUUCAAAUCCAAGCUGCCAGUGCCCAUCCCCAUAGAGGUUAUCAUGACUGUUAUUGCAUGUGGAGUUUCAUAUGCGUUUGACUUCAAGACGAGAUAUGGCAUUGAUGUCGUUGGCCAUAUUCCAAAAGGGUACGAGCCUCCAAUGGCUCCAAACCUGCACAUCUUCCAGGAGACAGCAGUGGAAGCAUUUCCUAUGGCUAUAGUGGGCUUUGCUGUGGCCUUCUCUGUGGCAAAAGUCUACUCUGUAAAACACGAUUACACCAUAGAUGGAAAUCAGGAGCUGAUAGCCUUUGGAGUUAGCAACAUUUUUGGAGCUUCCUUCAAGUCUUUUGCUGCGAGCACAGCUCUUUCCAGGAGUGCAGUGCAGGAAAGCACAGGGGGAAAGACUCAGGUAGCUGGUUUACUGUCAGCUAUCAUAGUGAUGAUCGUCACCUUGGCCAUUGGAUUCCUGCUGGAGCCACUACCAAAGUCUGUGCUGGGUGCUGUGGUCAUCGUCAACCUGAAGGGCAUGCUGAUGCAGUUCAGAGAAAUCCCGUACCUGUGGAGGAGGGACAAACCAGACUGUAUUGUGUGGUUAGGUACCUGUAUUGCAGCCAUCUUACUGGGGCUGGAUCUUGGAUUGGCUGCAGGCCUUGGUGUGGAGCUGCUCAGUGUUGUCCUCAGGGCUCAAUUUCCUCGCUGCAGUGUGCUGGCCAACAUCAAGGGAACAGAUAUCUACAAAGACAGAAAGGACUAUAUUGAUAUAUAUGAGCCAGAGGGAGUGAAGAUCUUCAGGAUACCAUCACCGAUCUUCUUUGCCAACAUUGAGUUCUUUAGGAGCAAGCUGGUGGAAGCUGUUGGAUUUAACCCACUGAGAAUAUUGAGAAAGAGAAAUAAAGCACUUAGGAUGAUCCGGAAACUUUUGAAGAAAGGUGACCUGCAGUGGACAUCAAAAGGCUUCUUGAACACCUCUUCUGGACCGAUCAAGGAAUCAGAGGACGAGAGCAACAUUGAGGAUCUGGACCAGCCGACUGACUUCAAGGACCUUCCUGCCCGGAUCGACUGGAACGCUGAUCUUCCAGCCAACAUAAUUAUUCCGAGAGUGGACCUGCACAGCCUUAUCCUGGACUUUGCUGCUGUUUCCUUCCUGGACAUCUCUGCUCUGAAAGGACUCAAAACUUCACUGAAAGAGCUGAUCCGGGUUGAGGUUGAGGUUUACAUUGUGGCUUGUGAUCCUUACAUCCUAGAGAAACUGCACGCUUGUUGCUUUUUUGAUGAUGAAGUUCAGCCAUCAAUGUUCUUCCUGACACUGCAUGACGCCAUGCUGCACAUCCUCGAGAAACAUCCGGAGUCCACAGAAAAGAAAUCCGAUUCUGAAAAGAUUAUAACAACAGUCACAGUUCACCACCUGGAGGCUGUUUGAGGAGCAGAGAUAGAAAUGAUCCAGAUCCAGAAACCAAGUUCUAACUUCUGCAUGAGACGAUGAUUCCUGGAAGAAAAAAAAAAUCUAAAAAACCAUAGACCAAAGAGUGAAUGUUUUUAAAUCAUGCUGUACACUACACUUAUGUAAUG